AUAUUUUUCUGUUGUAUCUGAGUAAUGUUUGAUAGUUCCUAGAGGGCAGUAAAUUUUAGUCACGUGAUUUGUUAGUGCUAGGGUGCAAAAUUAAAGAUGCUUGUUAAUAUUUCUAAAAGUUUUGGAAUACUGUGCAAUCGUUCAGUUUCUCUUAAAUUACUAUAUCCUGUUAAGCAAACUGUUCGCAAAAUAACUAAUGUCAAUUCUCAGGGACUGGUAGUUGAAUAUCUUUCUGGCGAUCGUCAAGGCAUCGUUACGCUAGGUUUGAAUCGACCUGAAACGAGAAAUGCAUUAGGGAAAAAACUGUUGGCUGCUUUUGCCGAAAUUGUUGAAACUGUUAAAUAUGAUAAAAAUUCGCGUGUGCUUAUUAUACACAGUUUGGUAAAAAAUGCAUUCUGUGCAGGCGCUGAUUUGAAAGAGCGCGCUGCUAUGCCAGAGGCUGAAGUUGGACCAUUUGUAAGCAAAAUUCGUCAGUCGAUUACAGAUUUGCAUGAUUUACCGAUACCUACUCUUGCAGCCAUUGAUGGCGCAGCUCUUGGAGGUGGAUUAGAAAUGGCCCUUGCUUGUGAUAUGCGGGUAUCAUCUGCAACAGCAAAAAUGGGCUUAGUGGAAACUAAAUUAGCAAUUAUUCCUGGAGGUGGCGGUACUCAACGGCUGCCUCGGAUUGUUGGAUCUGCGCUUGCUAAAGAACUUAUAUUUACAGGUCGUAUUAUUGAUGGAAAUGAAGCUCACAGAAUUGGUUUGGUUAACCAUGUAGUUCAGCAGAAUGAAAACAGUAAUGCAGCAUUUGUGAAAGCUUUGGAAUUAGCUGAAGAAAUUAUAACUCAAGGCCCAAUUGCUGUUCGAUUAGCUAAACUUGCUAUAAAUAAAGGGUUGGAUGUGGACCUGCAAAGUGGCCUAGCAUUUGAGCAAGCCUGCUAUGCUCAAACGAUUGGAACGAAAGACCGCAUUGAAGGCCUCACGGCUUUUAAGGAGAAACGGCCUCCAAAAUAUACUGCAGAAUAAUAUAUUGUAUGACACUUUUUGACACUUUUUGUAAGCCAUGAUAUGUUAAAUAUAUUCAUAAUUAUUGGUUAAUGAAACUGAUGAUAUAUUACUUUUAGGUACUUUUCUGGUAUCGGAACCAGAUUCAGAAAUGUAUGAAUGCAUCUCUGUAUGUAAACACAGACAUACACAUAUACAUAUAUGUGUGUAUACUCAUAUACAUUUCUAAAUCUGGUCCCAAUAAUGGAAAAGUGCCUAUUUUUAUGUCAUCUUGAAUAUUUUAUAUGUAUUAGCUGCUUUAGUCAAUCUUUGAAAUUCAAUAAAAAGUGUAUUUUCAAAAA